AUGCCUCCGCAGUGAGCGAAGCAGUUUGGCAACGGCGGUGACGGUCUCGGGGUUCAAUACUUUGAAUGGGGGCAUUGCCGUCCAAUAAAAGCGGGGAGUACACGAGACAGUGGACGCGUGACGCAACUGCCCGUGCGCGAGUAGGUGGGGGGGCGCGUGGGCUUCGCGAAUACCCACUCGAACCGCACCCUCUUUUUGCUCUUUUUUUACUCUCUCGCCCUCGCUAAAACAGAGCCUUCCCAGUGGCGUUGACAGACCAGAGCUUAUCUAGGGUUUUUCUGCCGUCUCCUCUGUGCUUCGAGGUACUGUCUUUUUGCUGUAAACCCUAGUUUUGAGCUGGAAGGGGCUUCGGUUUUGUAUCUUUUCAGCUGAUUCUGACGUUCCGGGCUGUUUCCUGGAGUGUUUUGGGGUGUUGCAGGAAUCGCUGGCUUUGGUCUCACUCGCUGCUUCUCUGACGUUUGGUAACAAUGCAGCAGAGCCAGAAGGAGUUCUGAUACCCCAGAAAAGUUGGGGUGUCUAGAUGGAUUCAUUUGAACCAGAUGGGGCUGAUGCAGGCAGCUUGCCUCCUCCUCCUCCGAUAAUUCCACCAGAUGUCAUUCCCGAGCAAGCUCCUCCUGAACCAGUUAAAAAGAAGGUUGUUCGUGUCCCCAUAGCUAGGCGUGGCAUUGGAUCUAGAGGACAAAAAAUACCUCUGCUAACUAAUCACUUUAAGGUUAAUGUGAAUAACCUUGAGGGUCACUUCUUCCACUACAGUGUUUCUCUCUCUUAUGAAGAUGGUCGACCUGUUGAUGGCAAGGGCAUUGGAAGGAAAGUUAUUGAUCGAGUGCACGAGACAUAUGAUACUGAACUAGCAGGAAAGAACUUUGCAUAUGAUGGCGAGAAGAGUUUGUUUACUCUUGGUGCUCUUCCGCGUAACAAGCUUGAAUUCACUGUUGUUCUAGAGGAUAUUUCAUCAAACAGAAAUAAUGGAAAUGGCAGUCCUGGUGGCCAUGGAAGUUCGAAUGAGAGUGAUAGAAAGAGGCUACGCCGUCCAUAUCAAUCCAAAACAUUUAGAGUGGAGAUUAGCUUUGCUGCUAAAAUACCAAUGCAGGCCAUUGGAAAUGCUUUGCGCGGUCAGGAUUCUGAGAACUCUCAAGAAGCUUUAAGAGUUCUGGAUAUAAUUUUAAGGCAGCAUGCAUCCAAACAGGGCUGCCUUCUUGUGCGCCAGUCUUUCUUCCAUAAUGAUCCGAGGAAUUUUGCGGAUGUGGGAGGUGGUGUCCUUGGCUGCCGGGGUUUCCACUCAAGCUUUAGGACCACCCAGGGUGGUUUGUCACUGAACAUUGAUGUAUCAACUACUAUGAUAAUACAACCAGGCCCAGUUGUGGAUUUUUUGAUUGCGAACCAGAAUGUUAGAGAUCCCUAUUCUCUUGACUGGGCAAAGGCUAAACGUACGCUGAAAAAUCUGAGGGUGAAGGCUAGCCCCUCCAAUACAGAGUACAAAAUAACUGGCUUGAGCGAGAAGUCAUGCAAAGAGCAAACGUUUUCAUUAAAGCAGAGAGGUGGAAAGGAUGGAGAUGAUGAAGCACUUGAAGUGACCGUUUACGAAUAUUUCGUUAAUUAUCGUCACAUAGAAUUGCGGUAUUCAGCAGAUCUUCCAUGUAUUAAUGUAGGGAAGCCAAAGCGACCCACAUUCAUUCCUCUUGAGCUUUGUUCGUUGGUUUCAUUGCAACGGUAUACAAAAGCUUUAAGCACCCUACAAAGGGCUUCACUAGUGGAGAAAUCAAGACAAAAGCCCCAAGAAAGGAUCAGAGUUUUGGGUGAUGCUUUAAAAAUCAACAAUUAUGAUGCUGAACCCAUGCUACGUUCUUGCGGGGUCUCAAUCAACUCCCAAUUUACUCAAGUAGAAGGUCGGGUUCUGUCGGCACCCAGGUUGAAAGUAGGAAAUGGAGAGGAUUUCUUUCCUCGAAAUGGGAGAUGGAAUUUCAACAAUAAGAAACUAGUGGAGCCAGUAAAGAUUGAACGUUGGGCUGUUGUAAAUUUUUCUGCUCGAUGUGAUAUCCGUGGUCUUGUGAGAGAUCUCAUCAAAUGUGGAGAAAUGAAAGGAAUUCUCAUUGAACCUCCAUUUGAUGUAUUUGAAGAGAACCCCCAGUCUAGAAGGGCUCCACCUAUUGUUAGAGUGGAGAAAAUGUUUGAAGAUAUACAAUCCAAACUUCCCGGAGCUCCAAAAUUCCUACUUUGCCUUCUUCCGGAGAGGAAGAACUCUGAUCUUUAUGGUCCUUGGAAGCGAAAAAAUCUUGCUGAUUUUGGGAUUGUCACUCAAUGCAUUGCUCCUACCAGAGUUAACGAUCAAUAUCUUACAAAUGUUCUACUCAAGAUCAAUGCUAAGCUUGGUGGCUUGAAUUCAGUCCUGGCAGUUGAACAUUCACCCUCUAUACCUAUGGUGUCUAAGGUUCCUACCUUAAUUCUUGGGAUGGAUGUCUCUCAUGGCUCUCCUGGGCAGUCUGAUAUACCUUCAAUUGCUGCGGUGGUAAGCUCCAGGCAGUGGCCUUUGAUUUCUCGUUAUAGAGCAUCAGUUCGUACACAAUCCCCAAAAGUUGAAAUGGUAGACUCUCUAUUUAAGAAAGUAUCUGACACUGUAGAUGAAGGCAUAUUAAGGGAGCUCUUACUUGAUUUUUAUGUAAGUUCAGGGAAAAGGAAACCUGAUCAAAUUAUUAUAUUCAGGGAUGGGGUUAGCGAAUCCCAGUUCAACCAAGUUUUGAACAUUGAGCUGGAUCAAAUUAUAGAGGCAUGUAAGUUCCUUGAUGAGAAGUGGUGUCCCAAAUUUGUGGUAAUUGUUGCUCAAAAGAAUCAUCACACCAAAUUCUUCCAAGCUGGUGGGUGUCCAGACAAUGUUCCUCCUGGAACUGUCAUAGACAACAAAGUUUGCCAUCCCCGAAACAAUGAUUUCUACUUAUGCGCACAUGCUGGAAUGAUUGGGACCACGAGGCCCACACAUUACCAUGUGUUGUUAGAUGAAGUUGGUUUUUCUGCAGAUGACCUACAGGAUCUUGUUCAUUCUCUGUCAUAUGUGUACCAGCGAAGUACCACCGCCAUUUCUGUUGUUGCACCAAUAUGCUAUGCUCAUUUGGCAGCCACUCAAGUGGGACAAUUUAUGAAGUUUGAAGAAGCAUCUGAAACAUCUUCAAGCCAUGGUGGGAUGACAACUGCAGGGACAGUUCCUGUCCCUCAGUUGCCUAAAUUACAAGAAAAUGUGUGCAACUCCAUGUUCUUUUGUUAAAUGGCUUGGAUAAAUUUCUUUUUUUGGGGUAGGGGGGUAAAAUGAUGCUUGACUUUUGUAUAGUUUUUGAAUCUUGCUCCGGUGUGUUGGACAAUUUGAAAUUUUUAGAAGUAAUAGUAGAGGUAGUAGUAUAGUAGUGGUGAUAAGCUUUAGGAGCAUCCAUUAGGUGUAGGGUUAUCUUUUGAUGAUGCAUGUUGUUUUACUUCUACUGUUAGACAUGGCGUGUUGCCAUUUUGCUUCAGAUGCAACUUGAGGCCUUUAAUGGAUUUGCUCACUGCUCAUGUCAAUUAGAGCUUUAUGCCUUGAGUUGAGAUGCGCAGCGGUGGUUCUACAUUUUCCUGCCAUAAAA